UCGUGCACGAUUCCGACUUCCCGGCCGUUCGAAAGGCGCGCGCUCCGCGACCGGCAGAUUCUCUUCUUUUGCUUUUCCCCUCUGUUUCUUCCUCUCUCGCUCCCGCGGCCGGAAGGGCUCGCCUCGCGAUUUCGCAGGAGUCGCCCUGAGGGAUCGAGUCCGCCGUCGCUCGUCCUCGUUGUUGUCCGGGCGCGAGCCGGGUGUUGAUGUCAGCGACGCACCGUGAAAAAAACGAAACGCACAGGCAAGCGCAGGUCGAGAUGCAGUUCUUCUCGUACGGUAACCAAAGCUAGCCGACAGUCGAGCGCCUGGUGUCUCCCUCAUUAGAUCGGACAAUGGCGAGGGGGAGGGCAGCCACGAUAUUGUCGAUCGUGAUCUUGGCUGCUGUAAGCCUCCGCGUUGCCGCAGAGUUCAAGGUCCAGGCGGAAGCUGCGGCCUUGAACGAGACCGCGCGCCAUGAUGACGAGGUCGUCGAGGAGAACGAGCUGCCGUUGUACGGCGAGCCCGAAAACCGGACCGACCGAUCGCCGACCGAACAUCCUCACAAGAUGCACGGGAAGCCAAGUAAAUUCGACGUGGAUCUUCGCGCGGACGACAAGGCGGAUUAUCAGAUCGAGUCCACGAGAAUGGACAACAUCACCACUGCAAGUCCGCUGGAGACGAACUCGGCGACGACGAUGACGACGACGACGACGACGAGAGCGACCACGAGGGCGACUAUGAUGGCGAGUCGUUAUCCGGCGUAUUUGACGCGAUGUAGAGGCUCGCAAAUGUUUUCUUGCCUACGGAGGGACUUCUUGAACUUUCUCGACCGAAUCUCGCGGGUCGACACGUACAACGUGACGGAGCACGUGCAGAUAGUGAAGAAUCCCCAGGCGAACGUCACGUGCGACAAUCGAAGAGAAGAUGGAGAGGAGACGAAUCUCUUGGACAAGGUGCACCGCUACGCUCGGACACACGUGAUGAAGAUACAGCUGGGCAAGGAUCUGAGCCUCGCCGGGAAAGCCAGGACAUUCUUCGGUUCCAUCUUUCAGGGAAAGAGUACCUUUUUAACAGGAUUCGGGCUUGGUUUUCUAGCGUUCGGUCUGAAGAAGCUGCUGCUGCCGCUGUUCUUCGGCGUGCAGAUCAUUAAGAGCGUGUUGCUCGCUCUCUUUUUACCGAGCAUCAUCGGCAGUAUCGGCAAUAUCGUCGGCAAAGGCGUUUCCUCGUUCGCGCAGUCCUCGCAUCCGCCGGUGCCCGAGGAGAACUUCGAGUUCAAGGACAACUCCGACCUGUACAACGACGAUUAUCUCACCAGGCAGCCGGUGGGCACGCUGCCGGCUUCCGCUAUGUACGACGAGAGCAUGAUGCAAACGCAGAAGAGCCCGGAGAUUGCGUCUCGCUACGCCUUCGUCGACUCCAGAAUAUCUCACGCAAACGCGCUCUCCGAUCGUUAUUACACGCGGCACGUGGCCGCGCACGGGCUCUCUAAGAAGCAAGACUUUAAGGUCUUCCACGAGAUCCCGACGAGUUCGCUUCUCCUCACUAACUAUGAUCCUUUCUACUCGCCCUUGCUGUCGCGCCUCGACGCCGUGUUCUCGCGUCUCGGGCACAACACGGAGGGCUGCAGGGAGUACGCGGUGUGCGCGAUGUAUCGAAGUCCAGCCCGGUACGCGCCCUACUCGAAUCUAGUGUCCGCCCAACUGUCGAGGGAGUUGAACGAGUUGAGGAAGCCUAGCAGUGACAAUCCCGACGUGCUGCGCUUCUUCAGGUACAUGAAGGCCGCCAAGGACGGCCAAGACGGCGUCAAGUGCGAAGAGCUCUACGCGAACUGCGCGAACGCGCGCGAGGAUCAGAGCCUGAAGCAGAAUCAGGCGAUGUUGGCGACUUACCAAGACAUCAACAAGCUCGUGCAGGCCCGGAAAAUCUGAGAAGAGUCGCGCGAAUCUCCUUCUCUUCUCGUCGUCGACGCCGUCCAUGUGAGAUGAAGAAGAAGUAGAAGAAGAGAAGAUAUAUUUUCUGUCGCGUCUGUCGCGAUCUUUGGGAGGAGUCGUCUGUGUAAGAUAGUCGGGUUGGAAUGAUCGGAUGCACUAGCGCGGUCGCUGAGCAAGUUCAGUGUCUGCUCUAACGAUUCAGCAUCCGUCCAUUUGUAGACGUUCGUUCGCGCGAAGCGUAAGUUCGCAGUGAUGGCCCAGUAAGCAAAGAACAUUAAAUCAACAUCUUCAAAUAUAUGAAUUUUACGUGUAUCUCUUGAACAUUUUCGGUUAUGUUCGAGAUAUUUUCAAAAUAUUUUCAAGAUAUUGCCGGAUAAUACGAUCUCUUUGAUUAUUGUGGAAAAUAUUUUAGAAAUAUUGAAGCUGAAAUUGUUCAUAAUAAUUUGAUAUUUUAGGCUUUCGCAGUGUCCAUACAUUUAGAUUUUGCUCCCGAGUUUGAGCCGUGUCUCGGACUCUUCUUUGUUUGAUUCGCGAACAUUUCAGUCCGUUUUAUCAGAGAGAAACGACCCGAUUGUUCAUAAUGACGUUGAUAUGCAACGUUAAAAGCUAUAUAUUAAAAAAUAUGUGUUAUUGGAUAUUAUUACAAUAAGAUUCUAUCAAUGAUUUUUGCUUAGUGGAGAUCAUUACAUUUAUUCGAGGGCCCAUGGAUAAAAGGGAUGAAAGGGAACCAGGAGUCGUUUAGCGCUGCGGGUUUCUAGAUCAGUCUUCAUCUGCCACUGUGUGAGCCUUCAAUUUCCGCGAUUGAAUGCACUCUUGGGCCCGUAUUACUAGUUAGUAGCCCGUAUUAACAUAAUUAUUACCUGAGAUCUUUCUCAAGUGAGAUACUCAAAUUUCAGUUCAGACUCGUAUCAAUAGUCAUUACUUGAUACUUGUGAGAUAUUCAAAUUCAAAACAAGAGUUGUAUCUGAGUUUUCUAAUGGAAUCAUAUGAUAUAUGUAACAUUAUAUAAUACUUGUAACCGUGAUUCAGCUGAAAAAUUUAUAUCUAACUCUAAAUUCAAAUCUGAGUCUCAUCUGAGAUAAAUUUCGAGUGACCAUUAAUACACGCUAGAGUUAGAUGAGAGUUUUUCAAUUGAAUCGCAUUUAUACAAAUGCUAUACAUAUAUUAUAAUUUGACUGGAAGACUUGAAUCUCUAACUCUGAAUAAAAAUCAGAGUAUUUCAUAUGAGACCAGUUUCAAAUAACGACUAUCAAUAUAGACCUUGGUGUAUCGCGUACAGUUUUCCAAGUUAUCGUCCGUGGUACGAAAGAACUCGCUCGAGUUUUAAGGUUCAGCUGGCAUCACGUGUAAGCCUUUGAGAACUUCCAUUGAUUACGUGAGGCCUCAGAACUUCCCUUCGAUCGUUUUCGUGAAAAUUGCAUGAUUCAAUUAAGACGGUAUAAAUAAUAUGGAUCAUAUGAAUUCAUUCGAACACUGAUUGAGAAAUUCGCUUUUUGUUAACUUUCUCUUUCAGAAAUGCGGCCAAGAACGGAUGCACUCCUUGUGUAUAAUUUAGCGAUCAUUACUGAUUAAAUCAAGCGUGUCUUGUGCGCGUUUGUAUCGUGUGCAAAGAAGUUGGUCGAUCAACAUUAUCAUCGAUGUCAUAUCCUAAGUAUACAAUCUUGGACACACAAGCGGAAACUAUAUCGAUACGAACUAGAGCAUCGCGAUUUAUUAAACGUCCGGUUCUGGGAUUAUGAGAGAGAUGUAUGUGAUUCAAUCUACUUCUCACGUAACAAAGUGGUUUAGAAGUGAAAAUGAUAUCUAAUCAUAAUGUCGAUGUAGAAAUACGCAGUGGAAGGGAUUUGUUCCCCCCCUUCUGGACUUGUUUCCUGGGAAAUUAUAUUAUGACAACUAGAUUGUGCAGAAUACUGAUGCGAUAAGCGUAUUCUGCACUGAGACUCUUGAAUCGAGGAAAAAGAUUCUUCGAAGGAAAAAAACAUUAUAUUUUUCUUUGUAGCCUGGUACUUGCGCGGACGAAUGAACGGUUAAUAAUUUAACGACGUAAAUGAAUUAAUUUCGACGAGUUGUGUAGAUAUGGCGUAUAGUAUUAUGAACUCACACGACACGCACGUCUCAAAAACGUCUUAGGCUUAUAUUAAUAGUUGUCACCUGAAACUAAUCUCAUGCGAGAUACUCAGUUUCUAUUCAGAGUUGGAUCCCAACUUAUCAGUUAAACUAUGAUAUAUAUGACAUUUGUAUUUGUAAUCGUUAUUAUAUCGUUACAAUAUGUGAAUGCCACUUGAAACUUGUCUCAUGUGGAAUACUUAAAUUUAUAUUUAGAGUUGGAGCCAAGUUUAUCAGUUAAACUAUAAUAUAUGUGAUAUUUGUAUCUGUAACCGUGGUUUAAUUGCAAAACUCAUCUCAUCUAACUCUGAACUCAAAUGUAGAAAUCUUACUUGAAACUUAUUUCAUGUGAGAUACUCAGAUUUAUACUCAGAAUUGGAUUCAAGUUUAUCAAUUAAACUAUAAUAUAUGUAAUAUUUGUAUCUAUAAUUGUGAUUCAACUGAAAAACUCUCAUCUAACUCUGAAUUUAAAUUCAAAUACCGUGCGAAGAGACGAGUUACUAUUAAUAUGGGCCUUAAUUAAAGAUGCUCAAAAGACGUCUUAUUUUUUGGAUGUCUUUUGGACGACUCUGAGACGGCUUUGAGGCAUUUGUGUUGUGUGAGAAAGUACUACAUAUAUUGAAUUAAUUAAUUUAUUUGGGUAUUAUAUCGUCCACACACACAUACACACACACAUACACACGCAAAAACAAGCACGUAGGAUUUAAUCUUGCGACGAAUGACAGUGACUACGAAUAUUAUUUAUUUUUGUGUGACGUGAGGAUGCGGAUAUAUUAAUUUAUUAAACGUGCGAACGACAAGAGCGUCGCGCGUGCGCGCGGAGUGCACGUAUACUUAGAUUAAAUCCGACUUCAUUAAAAAAAAUUGCAAUCGCCGUUGCAUUUAUGGUAUAUCUAUGAAUUAAUGUACAGCGUGCGCACGUCAAUAAACGAAGAAAUGGUACAUGACGUCAA